GUGGUACAACUGCGCAAACUUGUCAAAUAUAUUUUCUUUGAUUAAAACAACCGAAUCAUUUAGAGUAACAAUUGUUAUUCAUUCACAAAUCGUCCAAAGCAAUUUUAAACAGAAGAGGUGGAAAAAAAGUUACCACAACAGUUGCUGUAAUAAUCUUGAAUAGUCAGUUCCAACCAAGUCAAAAGCAACUGUUUAACAUUAUACAUACACGUGUGUAUAUACACUUAUCUACGAAAGUCAACUGUUCCAAAUAACAAUAAGAAUAUUAAUUGAAUAACUUCUUCUUCAACUUCGUACAUAACCAAAAACUUGUACUUGUCAAACUGUGUCCAUCAGAUCUUAAAGAUUCAUUUAUACAAGGUCAUACAUUUAUAUUUUCUUUAUUCAAAGAUUCUGUACUAUUUUGAGAAGAUCAACAACUGUUCACGUUCACAACUAAUUGAACUAUCAUCAAUAUACUUCCAUUUUUAUGUAACCAGAAGAUAAAAAAAACAAGAAAAACUAUUUUCUCUCAAAGGAUUGUCCAAGAAUAUACAACAUUUCCCCACUGAUAAGAAGCAAGAAAUAAAUUAUUAACUGGAAGAGGAAAACAGCAGCACUCAAAAACUGUUUAAUUUUUUUCAUUGUAGUUAACAGUCAAAAAUUUCCUAUUUCCUCUUCGACAAUAUUCAACUCGUGUUGAAUCUUAUUACAUUUCCGGAUACAUACAUACAUACAUACAUACAUACAUACACACAUACAUACAUACAUACAUACAUACAUACAUACAUACACACGAAGAUAUACACAAUUACACUAAACCACAUUUGUGCGUACAUAGGGAAAAAUUCAGGUUAGCAGCUGACUCGAGUAAUACCAACUGUUGUCUUACACACGAAAAAACAACAGAAAUUGAUCAAAACUAUUGCGGUGAUUUCACCUGCUGACUUAUACCGCUUUUUAUCUGGAUAAGUAUUGAAUAAUAUUAUACGGUGAAACAGGAUAAUCGAUUUGCUUACUAUUCCCGUGUCCAAGUACCAACGAAAUCGAUUUUAUUCAAGUGAUCAGAUUAUUACAGAUUUGACAUUAUUAAUAUCAAUAACUAAUUGAUUUAUGCAUAAAUACACAUAUACAUAAAUCUUUGACAAGAAAGUUAACAGUUGUCCUUUUGUGUUAUUUGAAAAAUCCUCGGAAAAUUUUCUACACAUUUAAAAUCACGUGAACUCAAAAUUAUGAUUGGAGAAUAUGAUCAGUCACAUCACCAUUUAAACAGUACAUUCACUAACUACAGUAAUAAUAGCAGUAUUAUAGUAGAUGACAUACCUACCGAAUCCUGUCAAUUGUUAAAUUAUCCUACACAACUGAUUAAUAAUAAUAAUAAUGCAACAGCCAAAAAUUCGACACAUUUCACCUCAUCUAUCAAUCAUCAUCAUAUUGCAUUAACAAAUGAACAGGUGAGUUUCAAUGUAGAAAACAACUCCGAAUACAGUCAUAACAUAUUAGAUAGUCAAACUAAUCAUUAUGAACUAUCGUCUUCUACCAAUUCACCCUACGGGAAUUUGUCAAAUCAAUACUCGACUAAUUCACAUUAUACAACAAAUCAGCCGCAUUAUCCUAUUGUCACAUUGAAUAAUAAUAACAAUAACAGUGAUAAUCCAUUUAGAUGUGCAAAUUCAUUCAUUCCAUUAGUUAAUUCAAAUCACCAUUUGCCUUCUAUAUCAUCAUCAUUAUCACCAACCUCGAUAACAACAACAGCGUCAGUGACAGCAGCAUCGUCAGUUACAGCAGAAACAUAUCAAACUAAUUUAUGUGAUCAAAUUGAGUUUUCACUGAAUUCUCAGUUCCUUCAACCGCCGACUGAAGAAUUUAUCACAGUAUUACCAAAUGAAACAGAAUUAAUAAAAACAUCUGUAUUGCGUCAUCUGGACCAUUAUUCACAGUUUGUAAAUCAGUCACCGUUUCAAACAUUAGUACAUCACUUAGUAACCAAUUCUACUAAUAAUAGCAGUAAACAUAACUUUGACAGCAUUUCAACAUCGACAAUUGAUGAUGACUUAAUAUUAUGUCAUAAAAAUAUUUUAUCUAAUCCACAUAAUAAUCAUGAGUUCCUACCACCAUCAGUGUACCAUUAUCAACAUGUUCCUGAAGGUGAACUUGUUAAAGUAGAAAUGCUAAAUGAUGCUGAUGAUAAUGAAAAUGAUGAUAACACUUAUCUACGUCAACAUAAACAGCAUCAACAAAGACAACAAUUAUUACAACCAAAUGAAUAUAAUACAUAUAUAAGAAACUCUCGACAGACUACAUUCAACAAUUUGAAGUCAUCUUAUCCUGAAAAUUAUGUUUCCAAUGCACAGGCAAUAAUUCCAUCAUCAAUUAUAAUACCUUCGAUUACAAGUGAUGAAUUUAGUUUAUCAACUAAUUGGACACCAGAUAAGAUGAAUAUGUAUCCAGAUGAAAUAUCAUCAAUGUCACAACACCAACAUCGUCAAUCUAGUAAAUAUUUAACAUCGCCAAGUCAUUUCACAUCAACUCCAUUAUCAUCAGAAGCAAACUUUGGUAAUCGUCAAAUAGAUUAUUUGAACAACAGCAUUUAUAAUAGCCCUGAUCUGUUACAAAAUACAACACCACAACGUUUAUUAAUUACAGAAGCCAAACAACACGUGUCAAAUAUAUCCAAAUCUUUUGAUAACAAUGACAAUAGUAGUUGUAGCACUAAUAAUAAUAAUAUAUAUUGUCUGCCAGUUUCUACACAAAUCGCUACCACUCCCAUUACCACAACAAGUGAGAAUUCUGUGAGUGUUUUUAAUCAAACACAGCUCCUUUUUGAUGGGUCCUCUUCAACUUCAUCAGCUGCAUCGAGAUCUUCAAGUUCACUUGGCAACGCAUCGUCAGAUAAUAAUAACAAUUCAGGGAAAAGACCUCAUUGCUUAUUAAAUGAAUUUCAGACUCAUCUACAAAGCACAAUUAAUAAAAAUACUUGUCAAAAAUCGGAACUUGUCAGCAAUCCACCAGCAUCUUACAUAACUAAUAACAGUUUCCAUAUAACAUCGCCAUCGCAUAAUACAUCAAUAGAAAAGACUGAUAAAUAUACAAAUCCGGAUUCAAAUAAAUCAUCUAUUGACACAGAACAAAUAAUAAGUGAAAAAACUAAAAACGAUAGACGAAAACAAACAGAACUGCCAACAACUAAUCCUACAGUUACAUCACUAAAACGUUCUAAAUCAAUGAUGCAUUCAGACUCAACAACGAUGUCAUUGAAACCUGAACGACCAAGUAUACAGCAACAAACAACCUCAUCAUUACGUAAACGUGGUCGUUAUUCUCGUAUGAAACAAGCAGAAAUGAGUAUAGAUAAACAUCAUUUGAUCAACACAGCAAUAAAUGAAUUACAAACUUCACAGUCAACGAUGAAAACAGUAGUAAUGAAGUCAAAUAUAUGCGAUGAUACAAGUAGUAGUACAGAUGACGAAUCUGAUUCAGAUAAUGAUGACACUGAAGAAACUAAAGAAGAGCAUGUUAUUGCACCUGGUUCACAUGGACAGUGUCUACUAUGGGCAUGUAAAGCAUGUAAGAAGAAAACAAUGCAAGUUGAUAGGAGAAAAGCUGCAACAAUGCGUGAACGACGUCGUUUACGUAAAGUUAAUGAAGCAUUUGAAACAUUAAAAAAACGUACAUGCGCUAAUCCAAACCAACGUAUGCCAAAAGUGGAAAUUUUAAGAAAUGCUAUAGAUUAUAUCGAAAAUUUAGAAGAUAUGUUACAACAGAAUGGCGUUAUACCAAUGGGUAUGACACCGUUAACAUCAGCAUUGAAUGUAGCUACUACAUCUCAAAAUGAUAUUAACAAGAGUAGUGCAAUUAACCGUAUAACUCAAUGCAAUUCAUCUGCAACAACUUCUGCAAGUAGUUUAAACAAUUAUCAUCAUUCUAAUACAUCUAUAAAACAACCAAAAACAACUAUCAACAAUAAAUAUGGUAAAGAACAAAAUGAAACAUCUUCAUCAGUGACAAAUCAACCCCAUUUAUCUAAUAAUAACAGAUGCCUAUUAACUUAUACAUGUUCUCAAGAUAGUCCUAAUUUAUCGAAUUUCAGAUGUGAUUUUAAUUUAGAAAAUGGGAAUAGACAUGAUUCUACAGAUUCUCUUACAGAUUUGUCACUUGGUAGUUUACCGACAGAAUGCAGACCUGAAGAUCAACUAAAUACAAUGCAUAAUUCAAUAUGUUCCCUUAUUCCAACAACAAAGGUAAGUGUUUCAGUCAAUUUUAUUUAAUAUAUCAUUUAUAUAUAUUAUGAGAAUAUUUGUUGUAUAUAUUAACCUUCAUUAUGUUUAUCAGUGGUAAAACAUUUCAGAAGAGGCCCCUUUAAUGAAAAGUUUAAGUCAUCAUAAUUAAUAAUUCACUUCAGAUAAAAAAAUUUUGGUCGAGAAGUAUGUUUUUAUUACUAAAAAUUAGAUACCAUUAUAUCAGAAGAGUUUGUGGAGAUUUUAGUAAUUUUAUAGUUCAGUUCAUAAGUCAAUUGAAACUAGACCACCAUGGAAAACCUGAAAGCACAGUAUGUCGUUUCGUCCUAGUCUGGGACUCCUCAGCAGUUUGUUACCGAUUCGUUCUAAUAAAAAUCAUGAUUUCAAUGUAUUUAUCUAAAUCAAGUCCUUAACGAAAUAGCUAACUUACCAUGAAUUGUCAGCUUUAACUUAAGAGUUUGUCUAAUUAACUAACUCUCACAAGACUCAUAUGAUCUUACAGUGUAAAAUGAUUGACUAAAUAUAGUUUUUUAAGAAAUCCCUCCCAUACAGUAAAAUCAAUCAGUAUAUUUGAAAAUUGAAAUGAUACGAUUGAUUAGUUUAUCUGAGGUCGGUCCAAAAAUAUCAUACAAUGCAUAACCUGAUAAUUUCACUAACAAUCACAUACAUAAUACAUAAUACAUGGAAAAACGAAAGACAAACAAUACUUUAUCUCCGUAUCGAUAAAUAAAUUUGUACUUUUCACCAAGUUGGCAUUAAGGCUGAAUAGAUAAUCUGCUUUUUCUCAACAAAAACAAAACAUUAUUACUGAUUCCUCUGGUGACCAGUUCGGAUACCGUGAUGAUAUAUAUACAUAUGUAUAGGGAGAAACAUGCUUGACUAGUAUUGUUUACCACAUUGUCUAUAAAGCAUUCUUUAUUUGUUUUUGUUUUUUUUUCUUCUGUUCUUAUAAUGAAAAAUGAUAUUUCGACUACUAGAAGUUGACAACAUUUAUUAAAUAGGUAGGAAAAACAAAUAAUUCAUUUACGUUUACAUUCAUAAGAAGAGACCAUAACUUUGUCAUUACCACUGAAAAAAAAAGAAUGAUGUUAUGCAUUAAUCUACAUUCAAUCUUUAUUAGAAUUAAUGUUACUUAGUUAGUUAGUGGUGUAGUAAAUAAUUUCUAUUUUCUACAUUUUACAUCUAUACAAUAUGAAAAAUAAAAGGUUAUAUUCAUCGGUAGGAGGCAAAUGAGUUAACGUAUUUUCUUUACCAUACAGUAAGGUAUUUGUUUUUUUCUUUAGCUAAAUUAUUUUGUAAAAAAGGAAUAGUUCAUUAACAUUCGGUCAUUCUGUCAACAACAUAAAUUUUUGAAGGGGGGGUGAAAAGCAUUAUUCGACGUUUAGAAUAAAUGUUCUCUUUUCUUCCAAGAUGUAAAACUUCUUACAGAUGAUGAUAACAAAUGUAGUAGUUAUUAAUUGUAGGAAUAAAUUUAGAAGAUCAAAUUGUAAAUAAGACAUUUAUUAUUAUUGUUAUUAUUAUUCUCUUUCUCACUUGUUACUUUAUUUAAAUGUCCUUUCUUUUUACUCUUUAUUUCUCUAUUAACCAAAUUGAAUUGGAAAGAGAAUAAGAGAAAGAUAAAAUCAAAAACAACGACAACAACAAAAAAGAGAAACAGAGUUGUAAAUUGUCGGUGCAUCAUUUCUUAAUGUCAAAGAAUGUUGUAUAUUUAUCAUAUUCAUUACUGAUCUCCUGAUAUAGUUAGAUAUUUAUUCAUGUGUUUUACUUAAAUGUUAUAUUUAUCUAUAUUUUGUGUAUAUUGAAUAGACAGUUUAAAUAGAUUGUAUGUGAUGUAGAACUAUUCACUUACAUAUAAUAUUGAAUGAUUUAUUAAAGUUGACUGUGGCGAAAGCCGAAAAAAAUAUGAAAGAAAUGAGAUAGAUUGAUUAUAUAGUCAGGGAUAUGUUGAUUCGAUAUAUGGAUAAGCUAUCUAUUUUUCUUUUUCUCUCAUAUGUAUGGAUUGUAAAUGUCCACGUGGAGAAAUUAUAGAAAAUUCACAUGUAUCCAUAACUAUGUAUAUUCAUUUUC